AGCACAAACCACAACCAUGUGCUCAGAAGAAAGAGGAAAUGAUUCUGCUUCUAAGCAAUAAGUUUACACGCUUUCAGAUGAAGGGCCAGUGGAACAGAGUCAAAGAAGGACAGAAGAGCUGAUCGUUCGAAUCAUUAUGUGCACCAACAUCAGCUUCUCACCUAACUGCACAGUCGGCACCUUUGAGUUGGUGGCCUACAGCCCAGUCUUCCUGGUGGGUUUUCUGGUCAACGUGGCGGCUCUGCGUGCCUUCAUAUCCAAAUGGAAGUUGUGGACAAACACACACAUCUACAUGCUGAACCUGGCCAUAGCUGACUUCAUCCUCAUCCUUUCCCUUCCCUUCAGGAUCUAUGACACCUUCUUCUGCUUGCCGGUAAACUCCCUGUGCACGUUCCUCAUGAACCUUCAUUUUAUCAACAUGUAUGCCAGCAUCAUGACCACCACAGCCAUCAGUGUCCACCGCUACGUGGUUAUAAAGUUCCCUCUGCACGUCCGAUCCUGGAGGAGGAGGAAGGAGACAGCUGUUGCUGUGUGCCAGAUCUUCUGGAUUCUGCUGGUGACUCUGGCUGUCGUAUUUCGUGAGGAAAACAGCCCUGAAAAACUCUGGACGUGUUAUGAAAGGCGCAAAUGUUUCUCGCUCAGUCUUAAGUUUGUUCUUCUUCUGGUGCUUUGUGGUUUCUUCAUUCCUCUGCUGAUUGUUGUGUUCUGCUCCAGUCAGAUCAUCUAUGUUAUGUUGAAGAGACGCAAGAGGUCAGAGGAACAGAGAAGCAUCAUUGGCAUAGUAACGGCUAACAUGAUAGUGUUCCUGGUCUGUUACACUCCCCUCCACGUCGCCUUUGUUGUUAACUACUUCCAUAAAUUUCCUUUGGACCCGCAGCGGUGGAACGCACCGGUUCACAUGUAUCUACGAGUCUCUGAGUGGAUCGCUUCCACCAACUGCUGCUUUGAUUCCAUCAGCUAUUAUUUUUUAUUGAAAAAGUUUUACACAUAAAUCGUUGAGAGCACAGGCGAUGCUCAAGUUGAUGCCCUAAAUUUGCGCUACAUAAGAAUGAAGUAAGAAUGGCAUCUUCUGGUCAAAUUUGGUUACUGCAGCCCUUUUUCUAAACACACCAGUGACUUUCUCACUACCAGGGGCGCCUCCAGGAAAUUUUGUUAGGGGUGGCCAGAUGGAGCCAAAGACAUUUUGGGGGUGGCACACCAAAUUGGUCCUCAUGGUAACUCUGGGAGAGUUUAGCCUGUGGCGAUGUAUUGCAUUGCUACUUUGUUCAUUUUGAAUUAAAAAACAACUUGUAUCCAAAAAAUUUAACUUACAUUUUACAAACAAACAUUUCAGAAAAAUAUAUUUUAGUUAUUUAAAAUGUUAUUCCAAAUUUAAUAAAAACAUUAUUUUUUUCAGGUUCAUUCACCUGUUGCUUUGUUCAGAAAAAAACUAAGGAGAUAAAAACUUUUUUAAAAUGGUGAGCAGCAAAAACAUAUGCAUUUUUUUAUUCUGAUUAUUUCUUUACUCAUUAAUUUUAUUUUAUUUUAUUUUGUUUUAGAAUUAUGUAUUGAAUAAAUAAAAUCGAUUUAUGGUUUGAGUAAACAUUAAUAAUUUUCUAGGGGUGGCCACCCCUUGGGGGCGCCCUUGCUCUCUACCGUGAGUUUCAUGGCUGCUGCCCGAUCAGCGCCAGAAGAUUCUAGAUGAUGAGCAAAGAUGAGUCAUACGCAGUAAGAUAUUUCACUGUAAUAUUGAGUUGUUGGUCAUUGAAAAAGUAGCUUGAGAUAUGUUAGCUGACUAUUUACUGGUGAAGAAUACUGGCCUGUAUUUUUAUAGCACCCCUGCAAGGCGCUUCACAACACAAUCAAUCAUUCACACACACACACACACACACACACACACACACACACACACACACACACACACACACACACACACACACACACACACACACGCUGGUGAUGAUGAGCUACAAUGUAGCCACAGCUACCCUGAGGCGCACUGAUGGAGGCAACUAUUUUUUACUAAAUCAUCGUUAGCAUUGUGAGCUCAACUUUAGCCAUUAGCCUUUUUCACCCGAUAUUAUAGUAAAACAAAAAGAUGCCGUGGUUUCUUAGGGGUGCAAGAUAUAACUUCUGGCCACUUCUGUUUACUGGCUUAGGAUCUUUACAAAACGCCGCAGCAUUUUGUUGGCUGGUGUCAAAUUACAAAUGCCAAUCCUGCAGCAUUAGCUCGGGCAGACUUGGCAACUUCACAGAUUAUAAACAAAGACCUCUUUAGUUUUAUCUAACAGAGAAAAUCUGACAACCUCCCAGCUGGCUGAGGAGGAAAUCUGUUUCAGUGUAACCUUCCUUCCAUCCGGCUGUUUUUUUAAAGGUUUCCAAAAGUUAUGAGGAGACAGAAAUUUAUAAAGGCCUAAAAAAAUUAAUAAUAAAAAUCAAGAUGUCUGAAAAAUGUUAUUAGAUGUUAUGUGUUUAAAUUAUUCAUCAAAUAUAAUUUUAUAGACAAAUCGAAACAUUUAUUUACAUAAUUUUUAUUUUUCAGCUAUCAAUAAACCAAGCUCUUUAUUCUGGUUACACAUCGUUUUGGACAGAAAUGCUACUUCUUUGACUAUUUUAGGUUUUUAAUACGAUUUUUUAAAUAAUAACUUUCUCCAAUAUUAAUUUAUUUGAGAAAAGCUUGACGCACCUUUGCUCAUGUCUGAGGUUCAGUAAACUUUAGACCAAGUUAGAGAAUUAUUUGUGAAAUUAUUGAAAAUUAUUCGCCUUUUUAUUAUUCUUCCCUUGGUCACAAGAUGAGAGCAGCAAGAACUCAUGACUCAGCAUGAAGAACUGAGAUGCAUUCACAAAAAAAUCUGCUGACAAGCAGUCUGAAGGUUUAUUUUACUCUUUUUUUUGGACUCUGGCAGCUUUUUCUGCAUUUUAACUCUUUUAUCAGAUCAUUUUCAGGUAUUUCUUUCAUGAUUGCUGAUGUUGUUAAAACACUGAAAUCACGAUUCCUGCUUAUUUCUUCAGCUGAAUGUACAAAACAGUUUCACAAGUAAUUGGAUUUUAUCCCCUACAAGCUAAUUCCUAACUAAAAAGUCAUGCUGUUAGAUGACUUUUUAUGCAUUUGUUGCUGUUUCUUAAAUCAUCACUUUGUUUUUGUAUUCCUCCAUUUCGCUGAGAAAAUCCUGUUGUGUGUUUUGAUGCUUUAAAACCUCCCUUAUCGAUCUGUCUAACAACAAACGCGGCAUUUUCACAGAACAAGUUUAAAAUACCAUUCGAGAGUUGUUCUCAUUUAUAGACCACAGCUUGUUGUCAGUGUGGUUCUUAGCCCUCACAUGGAAGCAACAUCCGGGUACCUCCAGUGGUGAGUAAACGUGCUGAUAAGGAACAGGUGUCUGCUUAAGCCUGCCUAAUGGGAACUGUGAAAAUAUUUUAAGCUCUUUGUAUUUUUUCUUUAAUUGCAAAAUGAUAUUAAAGAAGAAAAGUCUAAAUAAAUGCUGUCAUUUGUGUGAGCA